CUCCGGUUGUUUCGCCGCAUUGGCAUUUUUUUUCUUUCCGAAAUCGGACAAAGCUCUGACCAGUGACCACUGCUCCGUUAUUACCAAAAAUAGAAGCUUAAAAGUUCCCAUUUUUUUCUUCUCAUCUUCAACUUUCAACUUCACUAAUAAGUAUUGAGGAUAAGUAUAGUGUAAGCUUUUAAAAAAAAAAAGAGUUGUAAUUUUCAGUUGUGUAAUUGGUGAUUACCUUCUUUUCCAAGCUUAAUUUUUUCGAUUCGAGUUAGGUAUUGCAAAUCUCUACUUUUUGUCCUCACAUUAAUCUCCGGUGAGUGAAAUCUGAGAUUUGCUACUCUUUUCUCGACCAAAUCUGUAAAUUUUCUUCUUUUGUCAGCUUUCUCAAUCUGGCUACUGCAAAUUUCCUACUAAUUCGUACUCAAGAACCUUUGAAACUCGCCUAGAUCUCCAGAGUUUGCUUAGCUUUAUCAAAUCCUUGGUUCUCGAGCUUAUCUUCAAGUUUGGAUAAAGUGGUUCUUUAGAGAUCUCUGUUUGUUCAGAUGCGUUAAAAAGUGUUUUCUUUUGAGAUUUUUUUAAAAUGAUGGAGAGAAAACGAGAAAUGGGGAUUGCUCAUUUCGCGCGUAGGAUCAAACAGCCAAGAGGGAUUUGGGUAAAGAUGGCGUUUGUAGUUCUUUUAGGUCUCUGCUUCGUCUUCUUCUGGUCCUUCUUAUCUUCCUCUGCUUCAACCUUCAAUGUUCAGAGAGAGAGCUUCGACGACAUAGCUGAACCGGUGUCAGCUCGCACUAAGUCAGCUCACCAGGUAUCUGAACCUAGCAAAUUACACGAGAGAGGUAAAGUUGAACCUGGUUUGAAAUCAAAAGAAGGGAAAAAAGUUGGUGGGUCUGUUCAUAAACAUGAAACCAAGAAAAAGAAAGAGCAUGCUGUGUCUCAUCUACAUAAGAAGAAGGAUUUGCCGAAGCCUGUGGGAGUAGAAGAAGUUGUUGUUAAGGAGGAUCAAGAACAUGGAGAGGCGGAAUCUGAUGAUUCUGAGUCUACUAAGGAAGAUGGAGAAGAAGUAACUGAGUCUGAUGGCAGUGAAGGAGAAUCUGAUGGAAAUGCGGAUGAUUCAAGUGCUUCAGUUGAUGAAGAAGUGGAAGAGAAGAAUGAGGAAGUAACCGUUAACGAGAUAAGUAAAAAGAGGAAGAGGAAAGGUCCGGUUUUUGAUCCUAAAGCUGAGUAUAUCUGGAGAUUGUGUAACACUAGGAGCAAGCACAAUUACAUGCCAUGUAUUGAUAACGAUGGUUUAAUAGGGAGGCUUCAGAGUUAUAGACAUAGAGAGAGGAGUUGUCCCAAGAAACCAGUUAUGUGUCUUGUUCCUCUACCACAUGAUGGCUAUGAUCCUCCUGUUUCAUGGCCUGAGAGCAAAUCUAAGAUAGUGUAUAAGAACGUGGCGCAUCCAAAGUUGGCUGCGUAUAUUAAGAAGCAUAAUUGGGUGAAUGACUCGGGUGAAUACCUAACUUUUCCACAGAACCAGACUGCGUUCAACGGAAAUGUUCUACAGUACCUUGAAUUCAUUCAAGAGGUGAGUAUCAUUUAUCUCCAGAGUUUGCUUAGCUUUAUCAAAUCCUUGGUUCUCGAGCUUAUCUUCAAGUUUGGAUAA